UUGGGUCAUUCCAUAGUAAUGAUAAUAAUACAGUAAAGCAUAAAGUUGGGGAAACUAGCAAUUAUUGAGGGGUUAGGUGUCCAUCAAGAUAUGUUUGAAGAGGGGAGAAUCGGCAAUGAAAAAGAAAUUCAUGCUGAGCAUGCUAUCUGCCGGGCUCAUGCCUAAUUUAUACACUAAUGUCAUGCUGCUCAGUGGUGAUUAUGGAUUGUGGAUAAAUUAUCAUCUCGACGAAGCUCAUGUUAGGUGUAACAGAGUUUGUGAGAUGACAACUUUCAUGAAGGAAGAAGCGGCUUGUCAUUUGAUGCAACUACAACCGUGUUAUUGGCAAAAGUUAUAAGGGAGAAUCCCUCCUUCCUUGAUACCAUGGUUGAGAACAGUAGAAAAGAACUGACUCAUGCUACCGGAGGUAUUGACAAGGAAAUUUCUGCCUUACAAUCAGAGGAACAAAAACUUGUAGCUGAAAUAAAAAGGUCUGCUGAAACUAAUAAGACAGCAACAAAAGUUCUUGAACGUCAAGUUCUCAACCUUAGAGAUCAAGUAACCAUCUUGCAAGCUAGCCGGGCUCAAAUGAGUAGUAUAACAGACCCCAUAGAUGAUGUUAUAUAUAAUGACGAAGUGGAAGAGGGAGCAAGGGAUUUGACAAAUCUGGUCCUAGUUGAUGUUGCCUCACAGUUGUCAGUGGCCCCAUGGGCAAAAUUUCUGGAAAAAGGACCCCGAAGAAUUAAGCAGUUCGAAGGUUGAAGAAACUGGAGAAGCUGUUGGCUCGCUGCACUUUGAGAUCCUUCAUCUCAA